UUUUCUUGAUUUUUUGGCUUUUUUCAAGAACCCAAUAAAGUAGCAGCUACCCACUGCCUUGAUGACCAGAAAAUCCACAAUAUCUCUUGAUUUCAGCUUAUGGGUUUCGUCCACAAUCAGGUUUUGAGCAAUAUACUUUGUGAAAGCUUGAAUUUUUUAGUCUGAAUUUGAGUUCUUGAUUUUGCUUGAAGCUUCCUUUUGCUUUAAAAUUUUGUGGGUCUGUAGAAUUUCCAUGUUUUCAAGUGUUUUGAACUUAGAAAUGAGCCAAAGAUGUGAUCUUUUUGCUUAAACUUAGAGAAAAUCUUCAAGAUUUUUGUAACAAUUUGAAAGUGGAAACAAGUGUUAUGGAAAAAGAAGUUAGUUUUCAAAGUGAAAAAAUGGAAAAACAGCAAAAUGGGGUUAUGGAGAAGCAGAAAAGUUUUAGGAUAGUAAUGGAGAGGCAAGUUAGUUUUAGUAUUGAGAAGAAAAGGGAUAAGGAAUCACCAGGGAAAAGAGGGGAUGCCCCUCUUCAUCUUGCAGCUAGAGCAGGGAAUUUAGGAAAGGUGAAAGAAAUUAUUCAAAAGUUUGAUAAUAGCAAAGGGGUUAAGGAGUUGUUGUCCUUGCAAAACCAGCAAGGUGAGACUGCAUUAUAUAUUGCUGCAGAAAAUGGACAUACUUUGGUUGUUGUAGAGAUUUUGAAACAUUUGGACCUUCAAGUUGCUUCUCUUGUAGCAAAUAAUGGAUAUGAUGCAUUCCAUGUUGCAGCAAAGCAAGGUCAUCUUGAAGUACUGAAGGAACUGUUACAUUCGUUUCCAAACCUGGUUAUGGCUACAGAUUCAUCCAAUUCUACAGCGUUACAUACAGCAGCUGCCCAGGGUCAUGUUGAUGUCGUAAAUCUGCUUCUGGAGAUUGAUUCGAACCUUGCUAAGAUAGCUCGGAACAAUGGGAAAACUGUGCUCCAUACAGCAGCAAGAAUGGGACACUUGGAAAUAGUUAAGUCCCUUCUGAGCAAAGAUCCUGAGAUUGGCUUUAGAACAGAUAGUAAAGGCCAAAGUGCCUUGCACAUGGCUGUAAAAGGACAAAAUGUUGGCAUUGUGCUCGAGUUAAUAAAACCGAAUCCUUCUGUAUUGGCAUUGGAAGAUAACAAAGCAAAUAGAGCUCUUCAUAUUGCAACAAAAAAGGGACGGCCACAGAUGGUACAAUGUCUGAUAUCAAUUGAAUGCAUCGAUCUGAAUGCCAUUAAUAAGGCUGGAGAAACAGCUCUUGAUAUUGCAGAAAAGUUUGGAAUGCCAGAGGUUGUUUCCAUUCUGAAGGUGGCUGGAGCUGCCCAUUCCAAAGACCAUGGGAAGCCCCCAAAUAAUACUAAGCAACUCAAGCAGACUGUCAGUGAUAUAAGACACGAUGUGCAGUCCCAACUUCAACAGAGUCGUCAGACAGGCUUCAAAGUACGGAAAAUUGCUAAGAAGGUGAAGAAGCUCCACAUUAGUGGUCUCAACAAUGCCAUUAACAAUGCCACAGUUGUUGCUGUCCUUAUUGCUACUGUAGCUUUCGCUGCCAUCUUUACUGUGCCUGGUCAGUAUGUUGAACAGAAAAAAGAUGGUUUUUCGCUUGGUGAAGCAAAUGUAGCCGAUAAAGCAGCUUUCAUAAUCUUCUUCUUGUUUGACAGUAUGGCCUUGUUUAUUUCCAUUGCUGUUGUUGUUGUCCAGACUUCUCUGGUUGUGAUUGAACCGAGAGCAAAGAAGCUACUCGUAUUUUGGAUAAACAGGCUCAUGUGGGCAGCUUGUCUCUUCAUCUCAGUGUCCUUUAUUUCUCUUGCUUAUGUGGUGGUUGGAUCGAAAGAAAGAUGGCUUGCUAUCUUUGCAACUGUGAUUGGUAGCACCAUAAUGAUCACUACUAUUGGCUCCAUGUGCUACUGUGUGGUUCGACAUAGGCUAGAAGAGUCAAAGAUGAGGAAUAUAAGAAGGGCAGGGACUCAUUCACAUUCAUACGCUAUGUCUGUGGCAUCAGAUACAGAGCUCUAUGGUGAAAGCUACAAGAGGAUGUAUGCAGUCUAGGAACAAACAGAAAACUUUUUGCCUAUGGUAUCAAAUCUCAAGCUCCAUGGAUGUAAAGGACAAGUUAAUAUAUGCAGUUCUAAACCAUAAAGUUUGGUGAACGUCUCUUCAUAGCACGAGGUUCCAAAUGGUCUAGCAUACGAAGGUUAUGCUAGUUAGGAACUAAAGAGAAUGCUUCCACUAGUAUAUGCAAUAAUACCGCAGUCAUAUGGCAAUUCUCUGAUAUGGUGUUCUUGCAACACUAGAAUUUGCAACCUGAGGCAAGUCUUGCUUAGAAGUUCGAGAUUGAGGCUCUAACAAAUCAUUCAGUUUGGUUUCCACAACAUUUAGUAGUUCAAGAGCAAGUUAUGUGGGAGUUUCCUACUAUAUGGCUACAAAAAAUAGCAAAACAAGAGAGCAGCUUGGUAGCAAGAAGGUGUAGAUGGCUGAUAUACAAAACAAACUUCUAAAUGAAAAUGUACAAACAAAAAAGUUAUUUUUUUUUGUGAUAUAAUUCAUUGUAGUUCUUCUCUUUAUAAAAUACAGCUUUUUUGCCA